CGGCUGGGGGUGGGGCACUCGGGGACAUGCUGCUCUCCUUGGAGUCCAUACUGUCCAGUUGUCAAUGUGGUCCUGAAACAUUUGUGAGUGUUGAAUGGCCCUGGGGACUCCGCCGUGUUGCUGAACUCUGACUCCAACAGCGCACUCUGGUUGACCAUCAGGACGGUGAAGGACUAGGAGUGGAGGCGGAGGAUGAUGAUGAUGCAGCACAUCCUUACCCACGGGACCCUGUGGCGGGUGGUGGCGUGGCGCUCGCUGGCGGGGGGUGCAGCUGUCCUCGAGCAUCCGGCGGCGGCAGCGUCCAGGUUCUGCGUGCUCCGUCUGUCGCUGCUGCAGCCCGCUGCCCAGAGAUGGGUCUCAGCGUCCGCCUCCAGCAGAGCAGCACAUCAGCCAAAGCACCAAUCCCCACAGGAACAAACAGCACAACCUGCGUCCGCUCCGCCUUCACAGGACGGACCCAAAGGGCAGCCGGAGAAGGCGGAUGUUGACCCGCUGCAAGACAAGUCCAUCGGCCUGGCCCAGAGAUUUAAGAAGUCGUUUAAACAGUACGGGAAGGUGAUGAUCCCGGUCCACCUGGCAACGUCCUCCAUCUGGUUUGGAACCUUCUAUUACGCUGCUAUGAAAGGUGUGAAUGUAGUGCCGUUCCUAGAGAUGAUUGGCUUCCCAGAAUCUAUAGUUGGCCUUUUGAGAGAUUCCUCUAGUGGCUAUGCACUGACCGCCUACGCCAUGUUCAAGAUUGCAACCCCAGCUAGAUACACAGUGACACUAGGCGGAACCUCGCUGUCCAUUCAGUACCUCCGCAAACAUGGCUACCUCUCCACACCGCCGCCAGUCACGGACUACCUCCAGGACAAGAUGGAGGCGACGAAGGAGAGAUUCACAGAAAAGAUGGAGGAAACAAAGGAACUCAUCUCGGAGAAAAUGGAAGAGACUAAAGACAAGCUGUCUGAGAAGCUGCAGGAAACCAAAGACAGAGUUUCAGAGGGGAAAUCAUUUUUUCGAAAGAAGAACGACUAGCGGCUGACACGUACACGAGGCGCCCGCUGCUAAGCGCUCCCGCUAGGAUCUCGUUUUGUGGAGUUGACAGAGUGGGGGCGAGUAACACUUCAUUUCUUUGACUGUCUGGAGGUGUGAGACGCUGCACUAUCCCCGUCUUGACACCCGUCAGUUAUCACUUUGGUGUCUAUUUGUGUCAAAUCGGUCCCUAAUUGUCUGAACCCUCCCACAAUGCACUGCAACUGUAGAGCAGCCAGCGGCUUAGUCGCCUGCUGGCACGCCGCUUCCUUGCUCUGCCGUCUCAGGCGGGAUUUCCACAGACUGGAUCUGGGCUGAGCCGUCUCCUGGCUGCGAAGUGACUGCCAGUUUUACUUGAACACUCAGAGAGGCAGGUGAAGACGGCCAGAGACACGGAGCUGUGCUAAUCCUUCUGACUGAACAGAAAAUAAAACUUGAAGCUCUUCGUUAACCGUCUCAUAGUUUGUUAAAAGAGAGAGAAAGAGAGAUUUCACCUUGUGUCUUUAAAUGUAAUUAACCAGAAAUAAUGUUUUUUUUAAUGAGUUUUUCUCUCGAUAGUCAAAUAAGAUAUCACAUUGGUUGUGGUUUCUGAACUAUGAGAGCCGAGUUGAAAUGGGACUUAAGUGGAGGAUGACUUGGUACAGUUUACAUGAGGGAAGCACACCUGUACAGUCCUGGUCAGAGCUCCAGGAGGAACACGGUUCUGAUCAGAUGGAGGAGAACGAGUCGGACCUGAAUGUUCAGGCUUGUAGAGGUAGUUGCGACAGGAGACUAUAAUAAUUGUUGGAAGUUUUCUGUCAACACAAAACUAACAUUUCAAUCUAGUGACAAUGAAUCAGAAAAGAGCUUUAAAAAGCUUCCAUCCAUCCAUCUGGGCCAGGUACGGCCUGGACAGGUUGCCAGGACAACACAGAGAUGGACACGACAAAGCAACCAUUCAAACCCAGGACCUUCUGGCUGCAAAGCAACAGUCCUACCAACAUGGCUGCUGGGAAACUAAUAUCUGAGAUAUUAAAAAACUAAUAUGGGAAAAAAACGUGUUCAUUAUACUUUGGUAACAUUGAGAGAGUGAUCUAUAUUUUGUUUUUGUUGCCGAGAAUGGGGACAAAAAUUGUAGACCUAAAAAAUGUGAACUUUCCCAUUUAACCAAAAACUACUUAUAUGAACUUAUAAAAAUGCUAAUCUUUAAAUUUGAGACAUAAAACAAGUUUCACAAUCUUUUGCAGAUCCUGUUUCUCCAAAAAUGACUGCUCUAUAAGUUUUAUUGCAUAUUGAAUUUAUCAUGAUGAACUCAUUUAGCCUUUCUUAUUAGAAACUGUUCGUAUUUCUCAGGACGCCUGAGUACUUUGGCCUUCUUGGUGUUUGGGCCGUGGAGCAGGAGUUUCUUACCGGGACUGUAAACGGACUGCUGUGUAGAACGUGGUUAUUACAGUUUCACAAUGUGACAGAAAUGACUUGUUUCAUUUAGUAAACAAACUAAUGUCCUCACCAGAAAUUCACUCUGAUGUUUGGUCAAAAUCACACUGAAUAAAAGUGAUAUGAAAAUCA